AUGGCUCUUACCGUACAUGGACUUCGUUUAAGCAACUUUGCGCGGCGUCUUUCCACAACUGGCGAGAUCACUAAUCUAAUGUCUUCGGAUGCUGCUAAAUUAAACGAUCUGAUGCCCUAUUUCAACAUUGUCUGGUCAGGCCCCUUCCAGAUUAUUAUUGCUCUCGUGAUGCUUUGGAACGAACUGGGCCCUGCUGUUUUAGCUGGUCUCGUUGUCCUCCUUAUGUUUAUUCCACUGAAUGCUUUUAUUGCUAAGAAGUCCAAGUCCUUUCAGGCUAUUCAUUCGCUGGCUGUUUGGUUAUCUUUGGCUCAUUUAUUUCUUUCUUAUUAUCAAAUCGUUUAUCUCCAAUUCCUCAAUCUUUUAGGCCCAAUUUAA